UGCCUAUGAAAGCUACUUCAUCUGCAAGAAAACAGGCGGCUGCACCAGUGACUGGGUCAGUGCUCUAAAAUGAGUCUCUCUGGGGAGAGAGAGGAGGGGGGCCCUGCCUCUAAAAUGAGUCUCUCUGGGGAGAGAGAGGAGGGGGGCCCUGCCUCUAAAAUGAGUCUCUCUGGGGAGAGAGAGGAGGGGGGCCCUGCCUCUAAAAUGAGUCUCUCUGGGGAGAGAGAGGAGGGGGGCCCUGCCUCUAAAAUGAGUCUCUCUGGGAAGAGAGAGGAGGGGGGUCCUGCCUCUAAAAUGAGUCUCUCUGGGGAGAGAGAGGAGGGGGGCCCUGCCUCUAAAAUGAGUCUCUCUGGGGAACAUGACACCAAAGCUAAGAGACCAAUCAAGCAGGAGAGACCAGCCUCCCCUGUACCCAGCUGUGUGUCCAUGAAGAGUGACCGGUCUAUGCGUCAACCUAUACACUUUAGAGAGGGAGACUUUUCUACUGAACAAAGACCAAUCAAGCGGAAGAGACCAGCCUCCCCUGUACCCAGCUGUGUGUCCAUGAAGAGUGACCAGUCUAAGGGUAGACCUAUAAACUUUAGAGAGGGAGACUUUUCUACUGAACAAAGAAACCAACAGGAGAGAUCAGAGUCAGAGAUUCUCAGUGGUCAGUCUUCCCAGAGUCAUCAAACAGACCUGGAGUCCAUAUUCAGUUUGCUUGAAGAGAAUAUUAUGACAUUUCUGAAGAACGAGCUGAAGAUGUUCAAGAGGAUUCUUAGUCCAGAACUCCCAGAAGGCUUUGAGAGUCAGAAGCAGGACAAUGAAGUGGUGGACACAGAAGAUGAGAAGCAGGAGAGCAGUGCCAGAGAGGGGGCUCUGAACAUCACACUGCACGUCCUGAGGAAAAUGAACCAGAAGGAGCUUGCUGACACACUCGAGAAAUAUGAUCUUGCUGUGAUUUGCCAACGUGAACUCAAAUCUAAUCUAAAGAAGAAGUUUCAAUGUGUAUUUGAGGGGAUCGCUAAACAAGGAAACCCAACACUUCUCAAUAAGAUCUACACAGAGCUCUACAUCACGGAGGGUGGAACAGGAGAGGUCAAUAAUGAACAUGAGCUGAGACAGAUUGAGACAACAACCAGGAAACAAGCAAGACCAGAGACUGCAAUCAAAUGUAACGACAUCUUCAAACCCUCAACCGGACAAGACAAACGUGUCAGAACUGUGCUGACAAAGGGAGUCGCUGGCAUUGGAAAAACAGUCUCUGUGCAGAAGUUCAUUCUGGACUGGGCUGAAGGAAAAGCAAAUCAGGAUGUCCAAUUUGUAUUUUCAUUCCCUUUUCGGGAGCUGAAUUUGAUGAAAGAGGACAAACACACUUUCACUGAACUUCUCAAUCACUUCUCAAUUGAAACCAAACAAUCAGGAAUCUCCAACUACGACAAGUACAAAGUUCUGUUCAUCUUUGAUGGUCUGGAUGAGUGCCGACUGCCCCUAGACUUCCAGAAGAACAAGAUCUGUUGGGACGUCACAGAGUCAACCUCAGUGGAUGUUCUGCUGACAAAUCUCAUCAAGGGAAAUCUGCUUCCCUCUGCUCUCCUCUGGAUAACUACCCGACCUGCAGCAGCCAAUAAGAUCCCUUCAGGGUGUGUUGACCAGGUGACAGAGGUACGAGGGUUCAAUGACCCACAGAAGGAGGAGUACUUCAGGAAGAGAUUCAGUGAUGAGGACAUGGCCAGCAGAAUCAUCUCACACAUAAAGACAUCAAGGAGCCUCCACAUCAUGUGCCACAUUCCAGUCUUCUGUUGGAUUUCUGCAAUUGUCCUUGAACACAUGCUGAAACAUAAGAGAGAAGAGAUGCCCAAGACUCUGACUGAGAUGUACACACACCUUGUGGUGUUUUAUACCAAACAGAAGAAUGAAAAGUAUCUUGGGAAAGAAGAGACAGGUCCACACUGGAAUAAAGAGAGCAUUCUGUCACUGGGAAAACUGGCUUUUCAACAGCUUGUGAAGGGCAAUCUGAUUUUCUAUGAAAAAGACCUGAAGGAGGCUGGCAUUGAUGUCAGUGAAGCCUCAGUGUACUCAGGAUUGUGCACACAGCUUUUUAAAGAGGAAUGUGGGCUGUACCAGAACAAGGUGUACUGCUUUGUUCAUCUGAGCAUUCAGGAGUUUCUGGCUGCUGUAUAUGUGUUCCUCUCAUUCAUCAACAACAAUGAGAAUCUAAUGGACAAACUGCAAAAAAAAGACAAGUCUGAAGUUACUUUCUACAAGAGUGCUGUGGAUAAAGCCUUACGAAGUGAGACGGGAAACCUGGACCUUUUCCUCCGCUUUCUUCUGGGCCUCUCACUGGAGUCCAAUCAGAAGCACUUACAAGGUCUACUGACAAAGACAAGAAGCAGCUCACAGAGCCAUGAAGAAACAGUCAAGUACAUCAAGAAGAAGAUCAGGGAGAAUCCCUCUCCAGAGAGGAGCAUCAAUCUGUUCCACUGUCUGAAUGAACUGAAUGACCAUUCUCUAGUGGAGGAGAUCCAAAGAUACCUGAGAUCAGGAAGUCUCUCAGAAGACGAACUGUCACCUGCACAGUGGUCAGCUCUGGUCUUUGUGUUGCUGACUUCAGAAAAGGAGCUGGAUGUGUUUGACCUGAAGAAAUACUCCAGAUCAGAGGAAGGUCUUCUGAGGCUGCUGCCAGUGGUCAACGUCUCCAGAGCUGUUCUGCUGUCAGGCUGUGGAGUCACAGAGGAAGGCUGUGCUUCUCUGGUCUCAGCUCUGAGGUCAAACCCCUCACACCUGAGAGAGCUGGACCUGAGUAACAAUGACCUGAAGGAUUCAGGAGUGAAGCUGCUCUCUGCUGGACUGGGGAAUCCCCACUGUAAACUGGAGACUCUGAGGCUGUCAGGCUGUCUAGUCACAGAGGAAGGCUGUGCUUCUCUGGUCUCAGCUCUGAGGUCAAACCCCUCACACCUGAGAGAGCUGGACCUGAGCUACAAUCACCCAGGAGACUCAGGAGUCAGACUGCUCUCUGCUGGACUGGAGGAUCCACACUGCAGACUGGAGAAACUCAAUGUGGAACAUGGUGGAGAGAACACAAUGAAACCUGGGCUUAGAAAAUAUGUCUGUGAUCUCACACUGGACCUAAACACAGUACACAGACACCUCUCUCUGUCUGAGGAGAACAGAAAGGUGACAUGUAGGAGAGAGGAUCAGUCGUAUCCUGAUCACCUAGAGAGAUUUAUGGACUGUGGACAGGUGCUGUGUAGAGAGGGUCUGACUGGGCGCUGUUACUGGGAGGUAGAGUGGAGUGGGAUAAUGGGGGCUGUUUUAGGAGUGACAUAUAAAGGAAUCAGCAGGAGAGGAGGUGAUGACUGUUGUCUUGGAUGGAAUGACAAGUCCUGGAGUCUGAUCUGCUAUGACAACAGUUACUCUGCUUGUCACAAUAAUAAUCCCACUACCAUAGACGUCCCCUCCUCCAGCCCCCACAGAGUAGGAGUGUAUCUGGACUGGCCAGCCGGCACUCUGUCCUUCUAUAGAGCCUCCUCUGACACACUGACCCACCUGUACACAUUCACCUCCACAUUCACUGAGCCCCUCUAUCCAGGGUUUGGGGUUUGUUUUGAUGGCGACUCAGUGUCCCUGAAAUAAUAACCUGACACACACACACACUGGACACACACACACACACACUGGACACACACACACACACACACUGGACACACACACUCACACUGGACACACACACACACAUACACUGGACACACACACACACACACACACACACACACUGGACACACACACUGGACACACACACACACACACACACUGGACACACACACACACACACACACACACACACACACACACACACACACACACACACACACACACUGGACACACACACACACUCACACUGGACACACACACACACUGGACACUCACACACAC